CGUUGUUCGUGGGCAGUGGCCUUGAUAGAAAAACCCGACUUGGUCGAGUAGUGUACUUAAUUAAUAAAUCAAUCGAUUUAUUUAAAAAAACGAUCUUGGACGUUGACCGACCUGUCGGCCUUGAUGGAGCCAGCAACGACGGUGUGCGACUUAUUAGUUAUGGGGUUGCUGUAAUGUUCGUGGCUCGUUCGCGCGUGUUAUGCACUCGUCAAAUCGUAUUGCCACCCCGGUUUUGAUAACUGUAACCUUGAGUAUAUUCACUAUUGCGGGUUUACGUCAAAGGUGACAACGGGCCAAGAGUAUUCGGCUUUAUUUGACUUGUAGCAACUGCGCAAGGGGGGCGCGAGGUGUCAGUGACAAGGUGUAGCUAACCUUAAAAUGCGAGCAUCCGUGAUUAACGAUGCGAUUCUACUGUUCGGGCUGCACUUCUUGUACUGGUGUUGCAACACGGUAGAUGCCAGCGGGGGAGCCCUCGAUGCCAGCCCGAACUUUCAGCCUAGCUCCUCUGGAAGCUCACAUUCCAAAGUCUCAGCAUUCACCGCCACUCUCACAGAUGGACUGGCACAGGCUGUGGCUCACGAUGCUGGUUCCGAUACUUGUAACGAUGACCUAGCUUGUCUUACACUGGCUUCUCAUGAUCGACUAGGUUUAGAAGCUAUCAAAUCACUCCACAGUCAACUAGACGACGAUGCCAAUGGAAAUGUAGAUCUUUCGGAAUCGGACGAUUUUUUAAGGGAAGAAUUGCAAUAUGAAGCUGGGUAUGAGAGGAGGCAGAGGGCUUUCCAUCAUAACGACGAUAUGCACAUUAGCGUUCGAGAACUUUGGGAAGCCUGGUUAAGAUCGGAGGUUCACAAUUGGACUAUAGAACAAACGUCUGAAUGGCUAACAUCUAAUGUAGAGCUUCCUCAAUAUGUUCCUACUUUUAUACAACACCGUGUAACUGGUGCCACACUCCCAAGAUUGGCUGUGAACAACAUGCAUUAUCUAAGUAAUGUUUUGGGGAUUAAAGAUCCCAUUCAUAAACAAAAAAUUGCCUUAAAAGCUAUGGAUGUAGUACUUUUUGGACCACCAAAAGAUACUGGUCACAGUAUCAAAGACUUGAUAUUGAUAACGUUAUUAUUUGGAGCACUUAUUGGAUGCUGGUACGCCUAUCAACAAAAGAAAAAUUCUCAAAAACACCUGCACAGAAUGAUGAAGGAUAUGGAAAGUUUGCAAAAAGCAGAACUGGCACUCGAAGAUUUACAGAAAGAAUUAGAGAGGGCACGAUUGGAACAGGAAAGUGCAACGACUGAAAAACAGAAUUUAGAGAAACGCUUACAAGAUGAAAGCAUGGGAUUGCACGCUUCGUAUUCCGACCUUGAAGUUUCUCAAUUAAAAGCAGAAAUCGAAAUGUUGAAACUUGAGUUACAACGCGCGGAAGGUGAACUCGAAGACAGGUGUUGGUCCCCUCCUCCAGGAUUACAACACUGGUUACAAUUAACUCAUGAAAUUGAGAACAAGGCGUACACGAAGAAAAAAAUAUCAGCGGAAAAACAACUGCAACAAGCACGAGAAGCAUGCGAAAAACUACGAAAAAAACGAUCGAGCUUAGUCGGCGCGUUUGUUUCCACUCACGGGAAAUCCAUCGACGAAGUUGACAAAAGUAUAGUGGAAGCAAGAACCGCGUUAAAUGAAGUCACCGCGGAGCUACAAGAGAGGGUACAUCGUUGGAAGCAAAUCGAACUUCUGUGUGGCUUCAACGUAAUCAACAAUAAUGGUCUAAGCUAUUUAGAAACGGUUCUCUACAGAGGAACACCCAACGGGCGAAGUCUUGGACUCAGAGGUCGACUCAGUAGCCAAGAUGACUUAGAUGACGAAGCAAGUUCGGUAUACGCUCCUUCAUCAUGUGGUGCCACAGGUACCCUGGACAGCCUGACAUGGAAGGAGUCGUCGCUGCCACCUGACUCGUCUAGCAGCGAAACAGGGAAAGAGACGCCACCGGAGAGCAACGUGGUGCACUUCACCGUGGGCGAGGGUCCCGAGGAGACUGGGAAGCCGUUCAACAAAGAGAAGACAGGAAUCGUUCGUUCCUACAGCCAGGACACCAACAUGCUCCUGGGCGCCGAGGACAAGAUUGUCUCAGCAUUCCUAUCGAAGACGUCUUACUCUGAGAACUCGUUGGAUUCGUCGGUUCAGAAAACGGGCCAGUCGACGGCGGCGACGACGACCGCCACGACGUCGAUACCGACCACCCAUACCGUCAGCCAAAAAAAAACCCUAAGGGAACUGCCGACGUUGAUGUCCGUGGACGACGAAACGCUCUCAACAGAUUCGAACUCCACCACCGACAACGACGAGCUGAAACGAAGACGCAGGAAGUUCCCCCAGUUCCCUCCCUUCCGGAAGAACAAAACUAAAGUCACGUGAUGAUGCCCCACGUCACGCUAGUCAAUAACAUAAUCGUGCAUUCGUUUAAUUCCUUUUACUUAACGCUAACUCUUACGAUUAGUUGGUAAACCGCGACGUACACUUAACAAAUUAAUUAUUCGAGAACCGGUUUAUCACUGAUUUGUAGCGAUUAGAUACCGUCGGCAGUACACACUUUGGCGCAUACGUGUAUACGAUAGAGAGACACCCGUAGCCGGAUGGAACGAUUGCUUGCUCUCAUGAAAUUAUUAAAAGCUACUUUAGUCGUGGAACUGUUGCGAUUCUUAGCCAUUCUUAGCGAAUAUACCGACGAAUUAAUCAAAACUGAUCGAUUCAAUCAAAAUUAUGUACGCUGUAAACAUAGGAAGAUAGAUAGUCCUUGCACGAAUCUAGUUCCAAGACUAAAAUGAUCGUUAAUCGUUUGCGUAGGAUGUUCAUGGGUAGCUGCACAAGUUCGCUCUAGCCAAGAACUUCUGUACAUACAGGGAAUGCAACUAUUGCCCUAUAAACUGUAUAUUGAUGUAUUAUAUAACGUUGAGGAGUGUAUGUUGGUAAGUAGAGGUCGUAAGAGAUUGUACAGUGACCCCGAUAAGAGGCAGAGUUUCUAUCGACGAUCUUGUUCCACUCGGCUACUGUUGCAUAGGAUGUUUUUGGUGCCCUAGCGUGCCCCAUUUCGCCAAAUCCUCGUCCACUUUUUAGACGUAAACCGACGAAUGACUGGUUCGCCGAGACACCACCAAAGCGAUGUCCGACCUAGGUAGCUAGAUUGUUAAGCUCGCGAUGCCGAAUUGUUCAGUUAAGACAAUACCUUGGCUCAGGGGUGGGCGACGAACUCUAGCGAUUACCUUGCAGCGUCCCUUUCUGCUUCCAUCCAAAGCUGCUCUCUGUUCCUCUUAGUUUCUCCCUUAAGCUUGUACUCCAUUGGCUCGCGGAAGCUUUCCCUGCUCUUCCUUCCAUUGAGCCAUAAACAAUUGUUCCUGCAACGGUCAGCAGGUGUUCAGGUUCUAGACCUUCCUCUAACGUCUCUCUGAAUCAAAAGAAUCUCUAUUUGGUAUAUCUUGUAGCGUUACAGCGUCUCUCUAAAGUAGCAAAAUUAGAGCAGAGUUCCCACGCGCAAAGUGGUAACUUUCGGUUUGGUAGCGAUAUUAGUCUCAUCUCUGAAGCAACGAAGCAAUUUAUCGAGUUCAUUCCUUUUUCGUUUCGACGUCUCCUUUUCACCGUCAGUAUUCUUCCAAAGGCCAGUAAACUGCUCGCGAACCACCGAAAUGAUUUCAUCAUCCAUUUUCUUACACGACGUUCGGCCUAAGCCUAUCGUAGAAGACAAAUAAGCAACAUUUUCCACUUAGGAAGACAAUUCGUUAGUGUCAUCGUGCGAGACAACUCGUGAUAUUCUUCCAUCCCGACUAGCGGGUAGCUUUUUAUCAAAAACUAUCAAAGACGAUCGCCCAUCCCUGCAUUGGAUCCUCUUAGAUAUGCUCUGGACCCCGAAACAAAAUCUAACGCACCGAGGCUUUCGGUUUCACCUUUUCCACGAUACUAGUAGCAACUGUUCGGUAGCAAACAUUUUUCGUCUCGUUUUAUUCUUUUUUUUCUAUCGAAUCCUUUAUGCUUCCAAGAAUAUUCCUUUUUUAAAUUAUUUCUCGAGCAUCUCUAUUAAAUGUAACGUACACUUUAAACGAAAGUGUUUUAAUAAGCGACCAGAAGUCGCGCGAGUCUUCGCAACGACUAACGCAGACUUUUUAUACGUUUGUAAAAAUAUUCGAAAUGUAUACACCAUAGGAGCACGUGUUUCAAAAGUAGAUGAUAAAACAUAUACGAUAAGGAUGAUCGUCGACCGUUAUCGGGUAAUCCCAUGAACGAUGAAAAUAUUCGAAGACAAUUCUGUAUUUGGCGACGAAAUCAGAUCCACAACUCAUUAAUCAUGGUUAAGGAUGGAUCUUGUUACACUCAGGUUGUCUCUAACUUCAUGAAUGUACCGACGCAAAGCUCAUCUUCAACCUUUUCCACGUAUCUCGUUGUUCGGCAUCGCUCAUGGGAUCACCAGGUACAAUAAUCAGUCUACGACUCUAAUCCUUUGAGGUCCAGCAGCUUUACUAUAUCAAGACCGAUGGAAUUGUAAAUAGUGCGUCGUUGCAAAGCAAUAAUUUCUAAGGCUACGUUUACCAAGGCUCACUUUUUUUAGACGAAUUUGUAUUAAGAGACUUCCAAGUAUUAUUAGGUGUAUAUCAGUCGGCGGAUUCCGAAGCCGUUCGAAUACCGAACAUCCCAACAGGACCUCAGGGGAUUAUAACAGCGCGGAAAGGAGACGAAAAAAGCGCGACGAAAAUUGUGCUUACCCCGUAUAAUAGACAACGUCACGACUCGAGAAGGCAUUUUAUGGUCGCGUUCCGACUUUUAACCCGUUGCACUCCAAAGCUAUUGGGCUAAGCGUGUGUAGUGAACUCCAAGGACAGUUCGUUCCUUAGGAAUCUCGACAAUUUGUUAGUUUUUACGACCUUUUCUCGAACUUUAAGUUUAUAUCAACUAAACAUAGGUAUAUAUGAAGUAACAUAAUUUAAUGGGAAUAUUACAUUUAUUUUAUUAAUUAUAGUAGAACGACUCUAAGUGCCUGGGCAGUUGCCUUCAGGAGUGCAAAGGGUUAACUCGUGCGUCGUUUACUUUUUUUUUAAAUAUCCCAACUAUACUAUAGUAUCGCGACACCUUGUUGUACUUCAUUUUUAGAGAUUAGAGAAUUAGAAUUAACUUAU